UUAUAGCCUCUAACCAUUAUAAAUUAUCAUGACUGCAUUACCCUUUACGCUCACCACCUUAACCUUUUGCUUCAUUUCUUUAACCUCUAUUAGCUCUCUCUCAUCUCCCGUCCAUCACCACUUCUUUUUUCUUCUUUUCCCUUUCUUUAUAAUGCCCGAGGAUAUGAAUCUUUCAAUAAAUGGUCAGUCUCAGGUCCCUCCUGGUUUUAGAUUUCACCCAACCGAAGAGGAACUUCUUCAUUACUAUCUCAGGAAGAAAGUCGCUUAUGAAAAGAUAGAUCUUGAUGUCAUUCGUGAAGUUGAUCUUAACAAACUUGAGCCUUGGGAUAUUCAAGAGAAAUGCAAAAUAGGAUCCACCCCACAGAAUGACUGGUACUUCUUCAGUCACAAGGACAAGAAAUACCCAACUGGGACUAGAACAAACCGAGCAACAGCUGCCGGAUUCUGGAAAGCCACUGGCAGGGAUAAGAUCAUAUACAGCGGCUUUAGAAGAAUUGGUUUAAGGAAAACUCUUGUUUUCUAUAAGGGAAGAGCUCCACAUGGACAGAAAUCUGAUUGGAUCAUGCAUGAGUAUAGGCUUGAUGAAACUUCUCACGACACCACUGGUUCGAAUAAUCCAAUAGGAGAAGCAAUCCCUGAGGAGGGGUGGGUGGUCUGCCGUGUAUUUAGAAAGAAGAACUAUCAAAAGACCCUAGAGAGUCCUAAAGGUUCGUCAAGCUCCAUGGAUUGUAAGAAUCAGAUUCUUACUUCCGGAAACGAUGGAGUUCUUGAUCAAAUACUUGUUUACAUGGGAAGAACGUGCAAGAUGGAGAAUGAAUCCUUUAGCCAUCUCAAUCUCUCCAACAAUAACGCUCUCAGAUUUCUUUCAGCUAAUAACAACGCCGUUGGUAUCACUAGUGAAGGCCUCCAUGAAAGAUUUAUGCAUCUUCCAAGGCUUGAUAGCCCAACUCUUCCUUCUCUUCCAAUCAGCAGCCCUUCAUCGUUUGAUCAUCAAGAGAGAAAUUUCGGAGCGUGUUAUCAGUCGUACGAUGAUAUUCUUGCAGAAAAUAACGAACCUUCCUCCACCAACAACCAGAAUCAAUGCAUUGAAUCACUUGACAACAACAGCAAAUCAGGGCUUAACGACUGGGUAGCCUUUGAUCGUCUGGUUGCAUCACAGUUGAAUGGUCAGGUAGAUACAUCCAAACAACUUUCCUGCUUUACUGACCCAAAUGGAAAUUUCGGUCUGUCUCAUGAUGAGGAUGACGAUGACGAUGAUGAUGUGCAAUUAUCACAAAUGCAUGUGCACUCCAGUAGAUCAAAUCAACCCAAUUCUCAGGUCUACAGUAGCGAGAAUGAUCUCUGGAGCUUCACUAAAUCAUCGUCGGACCCAUUAUGCCACUUGUCAGUAUAACCAGCACCACCAUCUAAAUAUACCA